ACUGCGCGCCUCAAAAGCGCAAUAGCCUAUCUUUAAAGAAACGCUGCGAAUGGACGGAUCAUACUCAACCCGGUUCAAGGUGGACAGCAUUUUAGAGCGUAGCUAUAUGUAGAUAAACUGUGACAUUACAAGAUGGUCCACGGGAGUGUUUAUCUAUUGGGAGCAAAAUGGAAUCCCUUGCCAGGAUUGCAUCUGCACCAGAGAGCGGUUUCAUGGAGGUUUUCUUGUUUGUUAGUUUUUAAUUUACUGAUUCUGUCAUGAAGACCCGACCUGCAGGGAUUGGCAAUGUCAAUGCCGACUGGAUGGGUUCUUUGCCCCCCAAGCUCAGUGCCAUGCCCCUCAAACACAUUGCUGUGCCAGGGUCUCAUGAUUCCUUUACCUACUGGGUGGAUGUGCAUGCUCCUGUGGGCCCGGACCAGAAGGCCUUUGUCAAGUACCUGGCCACCAUGUUCAGCGUAUUAGCCAAGAAAGUCAUGGUGAAGUGGGCCAUGACCCAGAAUCUCACAUUUAAAGAGCAGCUGGAAGCAGGAAUCCGAUACUUUGAUCUACGAGUCUCCUCCAAGCCAAGGGAGUCUGGAAAGGAGAUCUACUUCAUCCAUGGUCUGUUUGGCCACAAGGUGAGCGAAGGCUUGUUGGAAAUCAACUCCUUCUUAAGCAAACACAGGAAAGAGGUAGUGUUUCUAGACUUCAACCACUACUAUGCGAUGGGCACAGAGCAUCAUGUGUACCUCCUCACCAUGCUGCAGGAAGUGUUUGGCAGCAAGCUUUGUAGCAUGUGUGCAGUGGACAGCAUCACUCUGGACUACCUGUGGCAGAAAAAGUACCAGGUGAUUGUGUUCUACCAUCAUCCAUCAGCUCAGGGCAUCCCAGUCAUGUGGCCUGGUAACAAGAUCCCCGCUCCCUGGGCCAACACCACCGAACCCAACAAGCUCACACAGUUCCUGGAAACUACACUGAAGGACAGAUCAAAACAUGGCUCCUUCCACGUGUCUCAGGCCAUCCUCACACCCAGGGUCAACACUGUGGCCAAGGGGCUGCUUUGGGGACUCCGCAACUACCUGGUGGAGAGGAACCUUCCCACCAUCAUAUCCUGGGUGGAGGCUCAGAGGCCGGGGCUGGACGGGGUCAACAUCAUCACCUCGGACUUUGUGGAGCUCACAGACUUCGCAAACAUUGUCAUCAAACUCAACAACCUUCUGCUGUCUGAACAGGAGCAAAAACACAGAUGACAGAUGUUUGCACGACAGGACAAAUAUGUGCUUACCCACAGCGUAUUGGAGGUUAGAGGUUGGAUGGCAGAUUUUUCCAAAAACACUGUUGGAUAAGGAUGUUUUACAUAAUGCUGGAGGAGUUUCUUACACCCUUGAAAUGACCAUUUUCUAUGUCAAUUCAUCACCAUAGGUUCACCAAAACACAUCUCUGGCUUCAUUUCUCGAAACCUUUUCCCUUUUUGUGGGAAAACUGGAAGUAUACCACAUUGGUACUAUCUAAUGGCAUGGCACAGGUCACCCUCCAGAAACAGAGUCACGGCUACCUGUGACCUGGACAUUAUUCAUAAGAUCAAUUAUGAUCAUAUGAAUCAGUAAUUUUAUUUCUUUUUGUUUUUACUUUUCUGUAUAUGUAAUUGAUUUUCUUUAAUCAUGGAUCCUUUAUUGUGUAAAUGUUGUGCUUUUUUAAAAUACUAUAUGGAUAGGUAUAUUGAAAGUCUUUACAGAAUAUUAGUAAGUUAUUUUAAAGAAUUGUUAAAAAAAUAUUCAAAGUAAUCGUCCGCCGUUGUUCAGUGAGCUAAAGUUAGCUUUUUAACUACGCACUUGGCGGUUUUCCAAUCAGGGAAAGUACAGGUUCUAUUUGUUUUUAUUUUUCUCUAUGUUAAGCAAAGUCACACGUCGUAAAAAGCAGCCCACUGUGCCAACAUCUUCUCAAUACUGUUAGGCUUUUUCCUAGAGAUGCAAAUAGUUGCACCUUUAUGGGGGAUUGCAG